AUGUUCCCCAAUGGCACUGCCUCCUCUCCUUCCUCUCCUAGCCCCAGCCCGGGCAGCUGCGGCGAAGGCGGCGGCAGCAGGGGCCCCGGGGCCGGCGCUGCGGGCGGCAUGGAGGAGCCGGGGCGAAAUGCGUCCCAGAACGGGACCUUGAGCGAGGGCCAGGGCAGCGCCAUCCUCAUCUCUUUUAUCUACUCCGUGGUGUGCCUGGUGGGGCUGUGUGGUAACUCCAUGGUCAUCUACGUGAUCCUGCGCUACGCCAAAAUGAAGACGGCCACCAACAUCUACAUCCUGAACCUGGCCAUCGCCGAUGAGCUGCUCAUGCUCAGUGUGCCAUUUCUGGUCACCUCCACGUUGCUUCGCCACUGGCCCUUCGGCGCGCUGCUCUGCCGCCUCGUGCUCAGCGUGGACGCAGUCAACAUGUUCACCAGCAUCUACUGUCUGACUGUCCUUAGCGUGGACCGGUACGUGGCCGUGGUGCACCCCAUCAAGGCAGCACGCUACCGCCGGCCCACCGUGGCCAAGGUGGUGAAUCUGGGCGUGUGGGUGCUAUCGCUGCUUGUCAUUCUGCCCAUCGUGGUCUUUUCGCGCACGGCGGCCAACAGUGAUGGCACGGUGGCCUGCAACAUGCUCAUGCCUGAGCCUGCUCAGCGCUGGCUAGUGGGCUUCGUGUUGUACACGUUUCUCAUGGGCUUCUUGCUGCCCGUCGGGGCCAUCUGCCUGUGCUACGUGCUCAUCAUCGCCAAAAUGCGCAUGGUGGCCCUCAAGGCCGGCUGGCAGCAGCGCAAGCGCUCGGAGCGCAAGAUCACCCUGAUGGUGAUGAUGGUGGUGAUGGUAUUUGUCAUCUGCUGGAUGCCUUUCUAUGUAGUGCAGUUGGUCAACGUGUUUGCAGAGCAGGACGACGCCACGGUUAGCCAGCUGUCGGUCAUCCUCGGCUACGCCAACAGCUGCGCCAAUCCCAUCCUCUAUGGCUUCCUUUCGGACAACUUCAAGCGCUCUUUCCAGCGCAUCCUGUGCCUCAGCUGGAUGGACAACGCCGCCGAGGAGCCUGUCGACUACUACGCCACGGCCCUCAAGAGUCGCGCUUACAGCGUGGAGGACUUCCAGCCGGAGAACCUGGAGUCUGGAGGCGGUGUGUUCCGUAAUGGCACCUGUACGUCUCGGAUCACGACUCUCUGAGCCUUGGCCACGCAAGGGCCCUGCGCCACGGGAGGAGGAAGAUGAGGAGGAGAAAGGGAGGCCGGGUGCGAGAGGUGAAAGUAUCCCCGGCGUCUGGGUGCGGUGGGGCAAAUUGGGGCUAAGACACUGUGUGCGCGUGGGGUGGAGAGACCUGGGAGAGUCGCGCGACAAAGUUGGAACUGGGCACUUUGCUUAUAAAUUGGGAAGGCUUGAGGGCCCCUUUCUCCUCUGUCUGCUACUUUCGCUCCUUCCUACACUGCGCUUGCACUUCUGCGCCCCUCUAUGCUCCCCACUCUGUAACUUGGAUCUUUCCUUCCGCCCCGUCCUGCAGGUGCAG